CGUGAGCUCACGGAAUCCCUGACGUCUUCGAACCUCCCCUCACGGACUUACGGCCUUACCUCACGUCUCUCUGUCUUCGAUUCCUCACGCUCACUGAACUUCAAAGAAACUAGUUUGAGUUGUUGGAAACAAAAGCAAUGGAGAAGAAACCGAGCAGCAAGCGAAAGAGGGCGAAACGCCUGAAGUCUCAGAACAAGAAGCUUCGUCAUGAGAAGGACGAUUCUGCGGCAGUUGAAGAAGUCGAUGAACGUCAAGAGGAAGGAAAAGAAGAACCUUCUGCUUCUGCUUUUGCUAAGCGUACAAAAUCGCAGGGCUUCUCUAAGUCCUCUACUUUUCUCGAUAAGAUGAAAGCGAGGUUAUCAGGAGGGCAUUUCAGGAUGAUUAACGAGAAGCUAUACACUUGCACUGGCAAAGAAGCGCUUGAUUAUUUCAAAGAGGACCCGGCAUUAUUUAAUGUGUAUCAUGCAGGAUAUCAAGAGCAAAUGUCACAUUGGCCAGAACAGCCGGUUAAUAUAAUUAUAAAGUGGCUAAAGAAUGGCAGCCCUUUUUUGGUUGUAGCUGAUUUUGGCUGUGGAGAUGCACGCCUUGCUAAAAAUGUAGAGAAUAAAGUAUUCUCCCUUGAUCUUGUUUCAAAUGAUCCUUCAGUAAUUGCUUGUGACAUGUCCAAGACACCUCUUGAUACUUCAGUCAUCGAUGUUGCUGUGUUCUGCCUUUCACUCAUGGGGACCAACUUUGCAAGUUACCUCAAGGAAGCACACAGAGUCCUUAAGCCAGGUGGCUGGCUUUUGAUAGCUGAAGUAAAGAGCAGGUUUGAUCCAAACACCGGAGGAGCAGAUCCAAAAAAAUUCUCAAAAGCAGUUUGUGAGCUAGGAUUUACCUCCGAGUUAAAGGAUUUCUCGAACAAGAUGUUCAUUUUAUUAUACUUCAAGAAGAAGGAUAAGCAAAAUCCCAACAGGAAGGAAAUCGAGUGGCCUGAGCUGAAACCUUGUUUGUACAAGCGCCGCUGACACCAAAGGCAUGUAUGUGUUUUCGUUUUAUUGCCAUCCAGGACAAACUGAGAAGGGUAUAUUGUAAGAUACUAGGCUCAAGUGCCAAAUUUUAUGAAUUAUUUACUCAUUUUUUCUUCUAGAAAGGAAAUUUUAUUCUCUUUCGAUGCAUUUAUGUGAUUUUAGGAAAACAUUGGUGCAAGGAACAAUGAUGAAUUUACGCAUUAUACGAUGGUUAAAUCAA